GUUUCUCUUCCCUUAAUACAAAUGAAUACUGAUGCAUCCCCAACUUGUGAAUGGUUGGUUUGUCAUUCUAAAAGAUACUCAGGAAGACCAUACUUCUUUAAUACGUUGACAGGAGACGCCGUGUGGAAUUUGCCUGAACAAAGUGUAGCGUUUAUCAAAGCAAGAGCAAAUCAAAGCAAACCUAUAAUAAAUACAGGGUAUCCAGAGCCUAAUGAAGUCUUUAAUGAUACUAUAUCCACUUCCCUUAACAAUAAUGCAGUUUUUAACCAGCCAUCAGAAAAAAUGUAUAAUACAUUCUGUAGACAAAGCCGUUCUAUUGCUAACAUAAAUUUUUCACACUGUAUUCCCCAGAACACACAUAAUAGCAAUACUUUGGGUGUGCUAAGUGUCUGUCCAAAUGCAAUAAAUUGGAAUGAAUCUUCUAACAACCCAGAGUGUUACUUAAAUGCUAACCAUAGCAAUUUGCAACCUCAUCAGGUUCAUGCACAUUUACCAACACCUAUAUCAUCUAAAACAAAAAAAGAAGAAUUCUUUACAUUGCAAACUGAAAGUAAAGUUACAGUGCCAAAACAAUGUGAUAUGAAUGAUCAAAUGAAUUUUCAAAACAAUUCCAAUAAUAUUACUUCAGGUCAUGUAACUGCAUCACUUGAAGGUGAUCAUGAUAUGAAAAUAAGCAAAGACGUUGUUGAAGAUGACUUACAUGACAUGCUGGAAACUAAUAAUUUUAAUAUCACAGCUUUGCAAACAUUGUUUAAGAUUGACGUAAGAACCAAAGUUUGGUUUCUUGUGCUUGAUGAGGAUGUGUUUUUAAAGAAAUUAAACUUUAUAAAGGAAAUUCGAAAUGCAGACAAUAGGUGUCGUUUGGUCGUCCCGGAAUGUGUUUUGAAUCGUAUUCAAAAGGGAACAACAUCUGUUAACAAGAUACAUAUGAAGAGAGCAUUACAAGCAGCCAUAUUUAUUUCUAAUGUCUUAACGGAAAACUGUGCCAUUGUUGAUAAAGAAAAUCGUCAUGAUGAUCAUACACAAAAUAUCGUUGCAUGUUAUAGAAAAUACAGCCAAAAGGACUACAAAGUUGUUUUGUUAACAGAAAAUAAUAUCAAUCAAAAUAUAAACGUAACAAGUCCCAUAUUUCGGAUGGAAGAAGUUGAAUAUUUCAUGAUAUAUGGGGAAUUAAAGGAGACGUCACCUCGAAAAGUAUUUAACUCAACAAUUACGGUCACUAUAAGCGUACGAUGUCGAUCUGAACCACCGCCGCUAUUCUCGAAAUGAAACUCGUGGAGUUAUAAAUGUUAUGUUUAUUGGCCGAACGUUAGUGAUGGUGAUACAAUUAUAAUACAGCGAAGCAAGCUUAUGACUAACGUCCGUCCGGCACGGCUGCGUAAAUCUAUCUGGUGGUUAUACAAUUAAAAACUUAAAACUAAACCUAAACUACCACGCUGGUAAAAGGGACCGACGCUACCUGCGCACCCGCCGACCGUUUCCAAGAAUAACAUCUGGCUUGCAGCUGCGUUCGUCGGCUUUCUUAACUGUAUUGUUCGUUGUCCGUAACAGUGUCCCCUCAGCGAAACCUUCCUAUGACGUGAAGCUUUCCGUAGGUAGGACAACGAUGCGCGUCACUGGUCGUCUCAGCUGAUGAAGUUUCGUUUCCACUUCUACUGAUCGGGUUUCUCCAUCAGGCCCGCUAUGCGUUUUCGUAACAAUUCCCCGCGGCCAAACAUUGCGCGGCAGCAAGGGAUCCAUAAUGAUGACCACAUCGCCGAUCUUUACAGGGCUUUUCAUUCUUGGCGUGUGUCCCCUGGCGUUUAAAGUAGGAAGAUAUUCCUUAACCCAUCUUCGCCAGAAUUCAUCGGCUAAUGCUUGCGCCGUCUUCCACGUUCUUUUAGUAACGUGUGGUGAGGUGCCUAAUAUAGGCAUUGUGUCUGGAGCUCCAAGCAGAAAAUGAUUUGGAGUUAAAGCCUCUGGGUCGUCCGGAUUUACUGGAACGUGCGUUAGUGGCCUUGCGUUCACACUGUACUCUAUUUCAGUCAUAAGCGUGCUGAAAGUUUCCUCCUUAGGGUACUUCUCUGUCAAGACGAUUCUAAUGGCGUCUUUUAUUGUUCUUAUUAAGCGUUCCCAUGCACCGCCUUGAUGCGGGGCUCCUGGAGCAAUGUAUCGCCAUUCUGUCCGUUGAACUAGACAUAAAUUCUCGAUCUCUGGAGUCCAUUUUUCCAUCGCUUUCCUUAGUUCUAAGUCUGCGCCUUUGAAGUUGGUCGCGUUAUCAGAAUAUAUAAUUUGCGGCCAGCCUCGUCGCGCCGCCAUCCUUCUUAGUGCCAUUAGAGCCGAGUCCGUAGAAAGCGAUGCAACUAUUUCAAUAUGUACAGCUCUUGUACUUAGACACGUAAAUAUUGCUCCCCAUCGCUUUUCAUGACGGCGUCCUAUCGUUACACAAAUUGGGCCGAAAUAGUCCAUUCCACAAUUUGUAAAUGGUCGGAUAUGAGCUUCGGUUCGUUCGUUGUUAGUGUGCAGCGCCCUUCUAUGCUCUUUCAUAACGAUUAACUUUGUAAACGUAUGACGCCCAUCUAAUAGAAUGGGAUUUCUCGUCUCCUCUGCUAUCGGUGUUUGUAACCGCCCACGUACACGCAGUAACCCAUAUUCAUCGAGAAAAGGGUCGUAUUUAGCCAAACGACUUGUUUUCUUAAUUGGCUUCCCCUUCUUCAAGGUGUCGAUUUCGUCUUGGAAGCUUUGAUUCUGCGCCUCGCGUACCCAUGCCUGUUCCGCAUCUUUUAAGUCGCUUACGCUUAAUCGGGUACUGCGAUCCUUAAGCUUGCGUAUAAAUAGUUGGACGUAAGCUGUGGCUCUAAUCAGCCGUUCAUACUGCGAGAAUCUCUCUAUAUCUGGUAGAUCGUUUCUGUUGGCUCUCCUUUCGAUUACGGUCAUAGUUAGCACUUGUGGCUCGCAGCUUUCCUUUGGCCAUGUUUCUUCAGGCCCGUAAAGGAACGCUGGUCCCACAAACCACCGGUCAUUGUCGGUUUUAUGGUCCAACGUUAUUCUUGUAGCAUCAUCCGCUACAUUUUCCCUGGUUGGAACCCAACGCCAUUGACUAGCAUCCGUCGUUUCGGUGAUUUCAGUCAAUCUAUGUGCUACAAAAGGUGGGUGCCUUGCUUUAUCAUUUCUGAUCCACUGUAAUACCGUCGUUGAAUCCGUCCAUAGCACGAUCUUGUUUGGUUCAAUUCUGUGACCUUCUGUAAUGGCCACAGCUAAUCUCGCUCCGAUAAGGGCUGCCUGUAGUUCUAGCCGCGGUAUACUCUGUGACUUAAUAGGUGCCACCCGUGCUUUUGCUGUGAUGAGUCUGACGUCAAUUACAUCGGUUCCAAUUCGCCAAUAUGCCACGCUCGCAUGUGCUUGUUCAGAUGCGUCACAGAAUACAUGCAAUUGUAGCUCAGCUCCCCUCGUGUAAUUAUACCAUCUAGGUAUCUUCAGUGUUUUUACAUUUUCUAACUGACACAACCACUGUUUAAACUCCGAAGCUUGGUCAGUGGGAAUUUCUUCAUCCCAUCCUGUUUUCAAUCUCCAUAACUGUUGUAGAAUUAUUUUCGCCGUUACGGUAUAAUAACUAAUUAACCCUAACGGAUCAAAAACUGACAUAACGGCUCCUAAAGCUUCUCUUUUAGUCGGCUGCCUAAUUCCCUGCUUCACUUCUUGAGGAACUCUGUGGAGGCUUGUGUUAAAGGAAAGUACAUCUUCUGCGGCCUCCCAACUUAUUCCUAAUGUCUUCUCGUAAUGCAAGGGUGUGGUUCCCAACUCUUUGGGGCUUGUAGAGCGAAGCUCAGGAGGCGUAGCUUCCACUAUCCUUUGUGAGUUUGAAUUCCAUCCAGCCAAUGUAAACCCAGCAUAGCUAUGAACUUCAAUCACUUCUUGCAUUGUUUUUAUGGCUUCGUCUUCGGUAUCAAAGCUAUCUACGUAGUCAUCCAUAUAAUGAUUUUUUGUUAUAGCAUUAUGAGCGUUCGGAUGUGUAGUACGGUAGCACGAAGCGUUGUAAUCCCUUACGCUGUGUGCUAGAAAUGGCGAGCUCUUAGCGCCAAAUAUCAGUGAAGUCAUAACGUAUUCUUUUGGGGGCUUAUCUCGAUUUUCACCCCGCCACAGAAACUUUUGAGCAACUUGAUCGUCUUCAUUCACUUUAAUCUGCAGGAACAUUUCUCUAAUGUCGGCUGUUGUCGCGUAUUUUCUCUCGCGAAACAUUAAUAAUAUACCAGGCAAUGAUUGCAAUAAGUCUGGCCCAUCUAGCAGCUCAUCGUUCAAGCAUACUUCAUUUGAUCUUGCCGCUGCAUCAAAUACUAGACGAACUUUACCCGGUUUAUUAGGGUUGGUUACAGCAAAAUGAGGUAAGUACCACUCUUUUGAUGUCAAUAUUCUGGUUCUUUCAACAGGGUGGGCGUAAUUCUUCUCCAACAGGUUAUUUAUUUGUUUUGUAUAUGACUGUUUAAACUCGUCCGACUGAUCCAUUUUCCGUUCAAUGCUUUUAAGCCGCUUAAAUGCCAUAUUAUAGCUUUCUGGGAAUUUCGUGUUAUCAGUCUUCCACGGCAAUCCCAGGUAGUAACGCCUUUCCCGUUUCUCUAUUGUUGUAUUGAACAAUUGAACUGCACGUGCGUCGGCACUUGUUAACCUUUUUUUAUUAUUUAUACCCAAGGCAUCUAUUGCAAAACUUUGUUUUAAUAUCGCCUCUAGACGCUCAUCUAUUGUUUCUUUGUAAACGUCGAUUUCUGCCGCCUUUUUGAUGCAGUGUAAAACACGUUCGUUGUCUUCCAUUAAACUUCGUAUAGGUGCUGUACCAUGUAAAAUCCAGCCUAAUCGUGUUAAAGAUGCAGCCGGUUCAUUUUUCUUCCCACUGUACACUUUUCGGGAAACGAUGAGAUGCCAAUUGUCUGCUCCAAUUAACAAUUGUGGUUUAGCUUCGCCAAUCAUUUGUUGGAGUGGUAACCAAAUGUUUGUAGCGCAAAUUAUCCGAGCUAAUUCUUUGGCUACCAAUAUCGAAAUCACGCAUCGUUCGGGCUUUCAAAGUGUAAUUAGCCCCUCCAUCGUAGCGACUAAUGUCAAUUUUGACGUGUUGGCUCUCAAAAUCUUUCGUUUGAGAACUAACUCCUUGAAUUUUCAGCGGCUUGCUUGGCCCGCUCACACCUAAUUCGUGGGCUAACUUUUCCGCGAUAAUUGUAAUAGUCGAACCUUCGUCCAGUAGGGCAUGAGUUUUUACGAUCUUUCCAUUUCGGCCUCUCACAGUUACGGGACAUACUUUCAGUAAGACGGCUUGACAUUCAUCCUUUGCAGUCACAGAGGUCGACAUAACAACUUCAGCCUCUGAGUUAGAUGUUGAUGGUUGCACCAACAAUGGUUGUUGUUGUGGCUUGUGUACUACCCAAUGCAACAACCUAUGGUGCGCUUUUUCACACCCAUCAAUACCACAUCGCUUUUUCCUGCACUGUGAUCGUCGGUGAUAUUCUUCUAGGCACAAAAAACAUGCCUUCGUUUCUCUCAAUCUAUCCCAUCGUUGAUUAAGAUUCAUUUUCAAAAACUCUUCGCAAUGAGUUGCAUGAUGGUUGCCGUUACAGCAUAGGCAUCUGAGUUUCUUCUGUGUUGAGUAAACGCGCUCAUUCGUUUUUGAUCUAGGUUUACUUGUACCUAGCGAUGUCGCUGUUUCUAUUUUACGGCUAUAGUUGAAAGUGAGUUGUAAGCUCGCUUCUUCUAAGAGGUAUUUUGAGAGCGUAAUGAGAAUUGGUUCUUUCUCAUUACUAUUAGCCUUACCGUAGUCCGUCCAUCUAGCCUGAUAGUGCAGGUUAAGUUUAGACACUAUUUCUCGGACUAAGGCCCCGUUACUCGUGUAGCUACGAUCGUUUACACUUUUCAAUAGCCACGCGAUGUUUUGCACUUUUAUUGCAAACUGGUUAAAUUCAACCGCUGUAUAUCCCGGUCUGGGUAAUCGUUUUAUUUCUUCCAGCGCUUUAUCAAUUAUGAUCUCCGGUCGGCCAUAACACUGAUCUAGUGCAUUCAUAAUAAGCUCGGGAUCGCAGGCAGUACUCAAUAAUACGGCGACUGUUUCUUUAGCGGCUCCCGUAAGACAUGUGCGUAAUCUUGCCAUGUUUUCCGCCUUAGAGUAUUUGUAGAGCUUCGUGGAGUCUUCAUAAGCAACUUUAAAGUAAAGCCAGUCGCAGACUUUCCCGUUAAACUGCGGCAGAUCUUGAGCAUGUCGUACAGGGGGUCUGUUUGUAGCUAUUUUUUCAAAGGCUCCGAUGAGCCGUUCCAUCACUUGAUCAUGGGAUCGCGUUCUCGGCACGGAGGCCUCUUCGAUAGGUGAUAUGGGCCGUUCUUUUUCCCACGACACACUGUGUUUCAAUGGCUCCACGCGUUCUGGGAGCGCUGUGUCUUCUUCCCUAUCACCUUGAGAUAGAUUAUUCACGCCGCUAUGACUUCUUAGCCAUCUAUCUACCAUAGCAGCGGAGUUGUUUCCGUUCCGCUGUUCUGGCAAGCAUUCGACGAUACUCUCUUCGUCGUCUGCUCUGCUUAAGUCAACGGCGAUUCUCUUCUUUAACAAUUUCAUUUCAAGCUCCAUCUCUUGUUCCAUCUCCUGAUAUUUUAAUUCGAACUUUUUUCUUAAAUGUUCUUUUUCUAAUGCGACCAAGCGUUUUUGGACUUCGUAUUCAGCUUGCCUUACACGGGACGCUUUCGACCUCAUUGUAUUUCUUGAGGUCUGUGAUGCUGAACCCACAGGUAACAACUUUGAAUCAACGGCUUCAUUCUUCCGUAUUGAUUCAACUGACUCCCUGUCGUGUGUAAUAUCGGCUAGUCCACGUUCUAGGACUUUCGAUGGCGAUUCUAACGGCACGCGUUCUGUCCGUACAUCUUCAUCGAUUUCUUCUGCCCUUGCUUGUCGGCUCCUUGUGUUCAUUUUGAAGUCGAUUGUAUUCUUCGCUUCAAUGAACUAGUGGACAAUGCUUUCCGUCGGCGACCCACAGCAGCAAUGCGUCGAUGCGGCGAGUCACUUUGUACAGGCGAUGAAGUCAACCCUCUGCACGUACUCCUGGGAUGCAGGUAGUACUGCCGAUGAAAAUCUUCCUGGGAUCGCAGGUAAAAUCUUCCUUCUUCUCGGCGUCGAUGCGUAGAGAUUUAUUCUUCUGGUUAUCCGGCUUCUCGAAGGACCAAACUAUAAGCGUACGAUGUCGAUCUGAACCACCGCCGCUAUUCUCGAAAUGAAACUCGUGGAGUUAUAAAUGUUAUGUUUAUUGGCCGAACGUUAGUGAUGGUGAUACAAUUAUAAUACAGCGAAGCAAGCUUAUGACUAACGUCCGUCCGGCACGGCUGCGUAAAUCUAUCUGGUGGUUAUACAAUUAAAAACUUAAAACUAAACCUAAACUACCACGCUGGUAAAAGGGACCGACGCUACCUGCGCACCCGCCGACCGUUUCCAAGAAUAACAUCUGGCUUGCAGCUGCGUUCGUCGGCUUUCUUAACUGUCCGUAACAGUCACAAUGUCAAAUAAUCCAAGAAAGAGUUUCUCCAGUAAAACUAAAGUAGGGAUAAGAGAUCCACAAAUCAAAAGAUAUAUAGAACAAGAAGAGCAUAAUGUAUCUGAUUCAAAAUCAAUACAGAGAGAAGAGUCAGAAAUGAAAAUGGAGGUGGGUAGUUUAACUGAUGAGAAAAAAAUAAAUGGUCAUUGUUCAUGGAAUAAAUGGGACAGAUCACGUUCUCUUACCAGUUUAAAUCCAGGGACAAUCUGCAACACACUAUCAAAUACCUCGUUUCAUGAUACAGAAUAUGGAGAUGGUGAUAAAAACGUUAUGUUUGAAGUUACAAGUGAACUGAUGAAAGGGAACCUAGUAUCCAAGUCAGAAGAGUGGAUUUCGCGAUUCACACAAAUACUGGAAGAAGCUCUUAAUCAGGUUCUACAAGAGGCAGCUUUUCAGACAAUACCUCCACCUUGGACGAUGUAUGAGGCUUGUGAGUGUAUUAAACGGGGAUUUAAAAAUGACGCUGAUAUUGUUGAUGCGGCAAAUAAGUUGGGGGAUAUUAUAUUUGAUAAUGGAGCUUUGAGAGGUAAAAUUAACCACAACAUAAAUCCAUCUACAUUUAUGAAAAUCUAUAGUUACGGCGUUUACCUCGUUGAUGCGUUACAGGGCGUUUUCAAAGAUGACGAAAAUGUACAGGCAGCUGAGAAAUUAUUAGCCAAGUUACUACUCGAUAUUGAGACGCCGGAUUUGAAUAACUCGUUUAAUGAAAUCGAUGCAAUAAAUGAGCAUAGCGAUGAAGCUUCGCCACAAAAAACAUCCCAAAAUCAUCCGACACCAUCCAGAAUCACCCGUUCAAAGGCUAGAAAGAUUAUGACAUCAGUGGUAUACUUAACGCACGCACCAAACGUAUACUUUAUAUUUGCAAGACAGCCGACAAGCACGCCGCGCCUCAUCUCAGCCUGUGCCACAGGUGACGAUUCCAGUUCCAGACCACUAAAUAAGGCUCAAAUAUCCUGUUCAGUUCAAACAGUUGCACGUUUGCACAAAGGCGACAAUGUGAACAUCGCCCAGAGAGAAAAGAAUAGAACGUUGUUACUCAAAUCGGGUUACACAUACAUUGGUUUCGUGAAACUCAGUUCGUAAUUUAUCGUGCGCGUGGGCGUUUGAUACGCUUAUAUUCCCUUCUUUAAAUUGUUACACUGUUUUAACUAGUUCUAUUCUCAAGAAGCACGUACUGUCAAAUCGCACUAAUUAACGUAUUUUGAAUUGCUGACUUCGAACGUCAGGUGUAAACUUCGAGGUGAUUUUCUUAGGGAAAGAUUCAGAGUCGAUACUUACCGCGAUAUGUGACUUCCGUAUCUCACAAUUCAACACGUUUUUGAAGUUGUCUCUCGACUCAUCUUUCCCUAAUUAAUCUAAGGUUAUUCAAAACUUUGCUGCUUCAGAUAUCUCUAUCAUAACAGCGCUAACAAUAAUUAAGCAAGAGAAAUCAGAACUCUAGUUAAAAUAGUGUAAUUAAAUUGAGUUUUUAUGAAAAAGGGAGUUAAUGUGUAAAUAUUUUACCUGUAACGUAUCAACGAGGUAAACGCCGUAACUAUAGAUUUUCAUAAAUGUAGAUGGAUUUAUGUUGUGGUUAAUUUUACCUGUAACAACGGUUCAACAUAAAUAACAAAUUUCUUUAGAAAAACGUUGAAAGUAAUAAAAUAUUAGUGUAAAUUUACGUUUUCAUUUAACAUUCUAAUAAAACAAAAAACAACAUAUUAUUUAACUAAUUGAGGUAAAGAUACGAUGAUCCAAGCUGUUUAGGACCAAGUGAAUCCGUGACUCUAACUUUUUAUGCAAAUAAAUGCUGGAAGAAAAUCUCACCUCUCAAAGCUCCAUUAUCAAAUAUAAUAUCCCCCAACUUAUUUGCCGCAUCAACAAUAUCAGCGUCAUUUUUAAAUCCCCGUUUAAUACACUCACAAGCCUCAUACAUCGUCCAAGGUGGAGGUAUUGUCUGAAAAGCUGCCUCUUGUAGAACCUGAUUAAGAGCUUCUUCCAGUAUUUGUGUGAAUCGCGAAAUCCACUCUUCUGACUUGGAUACUAGGUUCCCUUUCAUCAGUUCACUUGUAACUUCAAACAUAACGUUUUUAUCAACAUCUCCAUAUUCUGUAUCAUGAAACGAGGUAUUUGAUAGUGUGUUGCAGAUUGUCCCUGGAUUUAAACUGGUAAGAGAACGUGAUCUGUCCCAUUUAUUCCAUGAACAAUGACCAUUUAUUUUUUUCUCAUCAGUUAAACUACCCACCUCCAUUUUCAUUUCUGACUCUUCUCUCUGUAUUGAUUUUGAAUCAGAUACAUUAUGCUCUUCUUGUUCUAUAUAUCUUUUGAUUUGUGGAUCUCUUAUCCCUACUUUAGUUUUACUGGAGAAACUCUUUCUUGGAUUAUUUGACAUUGUGACUGUUACGGACAGUUAAGAAAGCCGACGAACGCAGCUGCAAGCCAGAUGUUAUUCUUGGAAACGGUCGGCGGGUGCGCAGGUAGCGUCGGUCCCUUUUACCAGCGUGGUAGUUUAGGUUUAGUUUUAAGUUUUUAAUUGUAUAACCACCAGAUAGAUUUACGCAGCCGUGCCGGACGGACGUUAGUCAUAAGCUUGCUUCGCUGUAUUAUAAUUGUAUCACCAUCACUAACGUUCGGCCAAUAAACAUAACAUUUAUAACUCCACGAGUUUCAUUUCGAGAAUAGCGGCGGUGGUUCAGAUCGACAUCGUACGCUUAUAGUUUGGUCCUUCGAGAAGCCGGAUAACCAGAAGAAUAAAUCUCUACGCAUCGACGCCGAGAAGAAGGAAGAUUUUACCUGCGAUCCCAGGAAGAUUUUCAUCGGCAGUACUACCUGCAUCCCAGGAGUACGUGCAGAGGGUUGACUUCAUCGCCUGUACAAAGUGACUCGCCGCAUCGACGCAUUGCUGCUGUGGGUCGCCGACGGAAAGCAUUGUCCACUAGUUCAUUGAAGCGAAGAAUACAAUCGACUUCAAAAUGAACACAAGGAGCCGACAAGCAAGGGCAGAAGAAAUCGAUGAAGAUGUACGGACAGAACGCGUGCCGUUAGAAUCGCCAUCGAAAGUCCUAGAACGUGGACUAGCCGAUAUUACACACGACAGGGAGUCAGUUGAAUCAAUACGGAAGAAUGAAGCCGUUGAUUCAAAGUUGUUACCUGUGGGUUCAGCAUCACAGACCUCAAGAAAUACAAUGAGGUCGAAAGCGUCCCGUGUAAGGCAAGCUGAAUACGAAGUCCAAAAACGCUUGGUCGCAUUAGAAAAAGAACAUUUAAGAAAAAAGUUCGAAUUAAAAUAUCAGGAGAUGGAACAAGAGAUGGAGCUUGAAAUGAAAUUGUUAAAGAAGAGAAUCGCCGUUGACUUAAGCAGAGCAGACGACGAAGAGAGUAUCGUCGAAUGCUUGCCAGAACAGCGGAACGGAAACAACUCCGCUGCUAUGGUAGAUAGAUGGCUAAGAAGUCAUAGCGGCGUGAAUAAUCUAUCUCAAGGUGAUAGGGAAGAAGACACAGCGCUCCCAGAACACGUGGAGCCAUUGAAACACAGUGUGUCGUGGGAAAAAGAACGGCCCAUAUCACCUAUCGAAGAGGCCUCCGUGCCGAGAACGCGAUCCCAUGAUCAAGGGAUGGAACGGCUCAUCGGAGCCUUUGAAAAAAUAGCUACAAACAGACCCCCUGUACGACAUGCUCAAGAUCUGCCGCAGUUUAACGGGAAAGUCUGCGACUGGCUUUACUUUAAAGUUGCUUAUGAAGACUCCACGAAGCUCUACAAAUACUCUAAGGCGGAAAACAUGGCAAGAUUACGCACAUGUCUUACGGGAGCCGCUAAAGAAACAGUCGCCGUAUUAUUGAGUACUGCCUGCGAUCCCGAGCUUAUUAUGAAUGCACUAGAUCAGUGUUAUGGCCGACCGGAGAUCAUAAUUGAUAAAGCGCUGGAAGAAAUAAAACGAUUACCCAGACCGGGAUAUACAGCGGUUGAAUUUAACCAGUUUGCAAUAAAAGUGCAAAACAUCGCGUGGCUAUUGAAAAGUGUAAACGAUCGUAGCUACACGAGUAACGGGGCCUUAGUCCGAGAAAUAGUGUCUAAACUUAACCUGCACUAUCAGGCUAGAUGGACGGACUACGGUAAGGCUAAUAGUAAUGAGAAAGAACCAAUUCUCAUUACGCUCUCAAAAUACCUCUUAGAAGAAGCGAGCUUACAACUCACUUUCAACUAUAGCCGUAAAAUAGAAACAGCGACAUCGCUAGGUACAAGUAAACCUAGAUCAAAAACGAAUGAGCGCGUUUACUCAACACAGAAGAAACUCAGAUGCCUAUGCUGUAACGGCAACCAUCAUGCAACUCAUUGCGAAGAGUUUUUGAAAAUGAAUCUUAAUCAACGAUGGGAUAGAUUGAGAGAAACGAAGGCAUGUUUUUUGUGCCUAGAAGAAUAUCACCGACGAUCACAGUGCAGGAAAAAGCGAUGUGGUAUUGAUGGGUGUGAAAAAGCGCACCAUAGGUUGUUGCAUUGGGUAGUACACAAGCCACAACAACAACCAUUGUUGGUGCAACCAUCAACAUCUAACUCAGAGGCUGAAGUUGUUAUGUCGACCUCUGUGACUGCAAAGGAUGAAUGUCAAGCCGUCUUACUGAAAGUAUGUCCCGUAACUGUGAGAGGCCGAAAUGGAAAGAUCGUAAAAACUCAUGCCCUACUGGACGAAGGUUCGACUAUUACAAUUAUCGCGGAAAAGUUAGCCCACGAAUUAGGUGUGAGCGGGCCAAGCAAGCCGCUGAAAAUUCAAGGAGUUAGUUCUCAAACGAAAGAUUUUGAGAGCCAACACGUCAAAAUUGACAUUAGUCGCUACGAUGGAGGGGCUAAUUACACUUUGAAAGCCCGAACGAUGCGUGAUUUCGAUAUUGGUAGCCAAAGAAUUAGCUCGGAUAAUUUGCGCUACAAACAUUUGGUUACCACUCCAACAAAUGAUUGGCGAAGCUAAACCACAAUUGUUAAUUGGAGCAGACAAUUGGCAUCUCAUCGUUUCCCGAAAAGUGUACAGUGGGAAGAAAAAUGAACCGGCUGCAUCUUUAACACGAUUAGGCUGGAUUUUACAUGGUACAGCACCUAUACGAAGUUUAAUGGAAGACAACGAACGUGUUUUACACUGCAUCAAAAAGGCGGCAGAAAUCGACGUUUACAAAGAAACAAUAGAUGAGCGUCUAGAGGCGAUAUUAAAACAAAGUUUUGCAAUAGAUGCCUUGGGUAUAAAUAAUAAAAAAAGGUUAACAAGUGCCGACGCACGUGCAGUUCAAUUGUUCAAUACAACAAUAGAGAAACGGGAAAGGCGUUACUACCUGGGAUUGCCGUGGAAGACUGAUAACACGAAAUUCCCAGAAAGCUAUAAUAUGGCAUUUAAGCGGCUUAAAAGCAUUGAACGGAAAAUGGAUCAGUCGGACGAGUUUAAACAGUCAUAUACAAAACAAAUAAAUAACCUGUUGGAGAAGAAUUACGCCCACCCUGUUGAAAGAACCAGAAUAUUGACAUCAAAAGAGUGGUACUUACCUCAUUUUGCUGUAACCAACCCUAAUAAACCGGGUAAAGUUCGUCUAGUAUUUGAUGCAGCGGCAAGAUCAAAUGAAGUAUGCUUGAACGAUGAGCUGCUAGAUGGGCCAGACUUAUUGCAAUCAUUGCCUGGUAUAUUAUUAAUGUUUCGCGAGAGAAAAUACGCGACAACAGCCGACAUUAGAGAAAUGUUCCUGCAGAUUAAAGUGAAUGAAGACGAUCAAGUUGCUCAAAAGUUUCUGUGGCGGGGUGAAAAUCGAGAUAAGCCCCCAAAAGAAUACGUUAUGACUUCACUGAUAUUUGGCGCUAAGAGCUCGCCAUUUCUAGCACACAGCGUAAGGGAUUACAACGCUUCGUGCUACCGUACUACACAUCCGAACGCUCAUAAUGCUAUAACAAAAAAUCAUUAUAUGGAUGACUACGUAGAUAGCUUUGAUACCGAAGACGAAGCCAUAAAAACAAUGCAAGAAGUGAUUGAAGUUCAUAGCUAUGCUGGGUUUACAUUGGCUGGAUGGAAUUCAAACUCACAAAGGAUAGUGGAAGCUACGCCUCCUGAGCUUCGCUCUACAAGCCCCAAAGAGUUGGGAACCACACCCUUGCAUUACGAGAAGACAUUAGGAAUAAGUUGGGAGGCCGCAGAAGAUGUACUUUCCUUUAACACAAGCCUCCACAGAGUUCCUCAAGAAGUGAAGCAGGGAAUUAGGCAGCCGACUAAAAGAGAAGCUUUAGGAGCCGUUAUGUCAGUUUUUGAUCCGUUAGGGUUAAUUAGUUAUUAUACCGUAACGGCGAAAAUAAUUCUACAACAGUUAUGGAGAUUGAAAACAGGAUGGGAUGAAGAAAUUCCCACUGACCAAGCUUCGGAGUUUAAACAGUGGUUGUGUCAGUUAGAAAAUGUAAAAACACUGAAGAUACCUAGAUGGUAUAAUUACACGAGGGGAGCUGAGCUACAAUUGCAUGUAUUCUGUGACGCAUCUGAACAAGCACAUGCGAGCGUGGCAUAUUGGCGAAUUGGAACCGAUGUAAUUGACGUCAGACUCAUCACAGCAAAAGCACGGGUGGCACCUAUUAAGUCACAGAGUAUACCGCGGCUAGAACUACAGGCAGCCCUUAUCGGAGCGAGAUUAGCUGUGGCCAUUACAGAAGGUCACAGAAUUGAACCAAACAAGAUCGUGCUAUGGACGGAUUCAACGACGGUAUUACAGUGGAUCAGAAAUGAUAAAGCAAGGCACCCACCUUUUGUAGCACAUAGAUUGACUGAAAUCACCGAAACGACGGAUGCUAGUCAAUGGCGUUGGGUUCCAACCAGGGAAAAUGUAGCGGAUGAUGCUACAAGAAUAACGUUGGACCAUAAAACCGACAAUGACCGGUGGUUUGUGGGACCAGCGUUCCUUUACGGGCCUGAAGAAACAUGGCCAAAGGAAAGCUGCGAGCCACAAGUGCUAACUAUGACCGUAAUCGAAAGGAGAGCCAACAGAAACGAUCUACCAGAUAUAGAGAGAUUCUCGCAGUAUGAACGGCUGAUUAGAGCCACAGCUUACGUCCAACUAUUUAUACGCAAGCUUAAGGAUCGCAGUACCCGAUUAAGCGUAAGCGACUUAAAAGAUGCGGAACAGGCAUGGGUACGCGAGGCGCAGAAUCAAAGCUUCCAAGACGAAAUCGACACCUUGAAGAAGGGGAAGCCAAUUAAGAAAACAAGUCGUUUGGCUAAAUACGACCCUUUUCUCGAUGAAUAUGGGUUACUGCGUGUACGUGGGCGGUUACAAACACCGAUAGCAGAGGAGACGAGAAAUCCCAUUCUAUUAGAUGGGCGUCAUACGUUUACAAAGUUAAUCGUUAUGAAAGAGCAUAGAAGGGCGCUGCACACUAACAACGAACGAACCGAAGCUCAUAUCCGACCAUUUACAAAUUGUGGAAUGGACUAUUUCGGCCCAAUUUGUGUAACGAUAGGACGCCGUCAUGAAAAGCGAUGGGGAGCAAUAUUUACGUGUCUAAGUACAAGAGCUGUACAUAUUGAAAUAGUUGCAUCGCUUUCUACGGACUCGGCUCUAAUGGCACUAAGAAGGAUGGCGGCGCGACGAGGCUGGCCGCAAAUUAUAUAUUCUGAUAACGCGACCAACUUCAAAGGCGCAGACUUAGAACUAAGGAAAGCGAUGGAAAAAUGGACUCCAGAGAUCGAGAAUUUAUGUCUAGUUCAACGGACAGAAUGGCGAUACAUUGCUCCAGGAGCCCCGCAUCAAGGCGGUGCAUGGGAACGCUUAAUAAGAACAAUAAAAGACGCCAUUAGAAUCGUCUUGACAGAGAAGUACCCUAAGGAGGAAACUUUCAGCACGCUUAUGACUGAAAUAGAGUACAGUGUGAACGCAAGGCCACUAACGCACGUUCCAGUAAAUCCGGACGACCCAGAGGCUUUAACUCCAAAUCAUUUUCUGCUUGGAGCUCCAGACACAAUGCCUAUAUUAGGCACCUCACCACACGUUACUAAAAGAACGUGGAAGACGGCGCAAGCAUUAGCCGAUGAAUUCUGGCGAAGAUGGGUUAAGGAAUAUCUUCCUACUUUAAACGCCAGGGGACACACGCCAAGAAUGAAAAGCCCUGUAAAGAUCGGCGAUGUGGUCAUCAUUAUGGAUCCCUUGCUGCCGCGCAAUGUUUGGCCGCGGGGAAUUGUUACGAAAACGCAUAGCGGGCCUGAUGGAGAAACCCGAUCAGUAGAAGUGGAAACGAAACUUCAUCAGCUGAGACGACCAGUGACGCGCAUCGUUGUCCUACCUACGGAAAGCUUCACGUCAUAGGAAGGUUUCGCUGAGGGGACACUGUUACGGACAACGAACAAUACAGUUAAGAAAGCCGACGAACGCAGCUGCAAGCCAGAUGUUAUUCUUGGAAACGGUCGGCGGGUGCGCAGGUAGCGUCGGUCCCUUUUACCAGCGUGGUAGUUUAGGUUUAGUUUUAAGUUUUUAAUUGUAUAACCACCAGAUAGAUUUACGCAGCCGUGCCGGACGGACGUUAGUCAUAAGCUUGCUUCGCUGUAUUAUAAUUGUAUCACCAUCACUAACGUUCGGCCAAUAAACAUAACAUUUAUAACUCCACGAGUUUCAUUUCGAGAAUAGCGGCGGUGGUUCAGAUCGACAUCGUACGCUUAUAGUGACCGUAAUUGUUGAGUUAAAUACUUUUCGAGGUGACGUCUCCUUUAAUUCCCCAUAUAUCAUGAAAUAUUCAACUUCUUCCAUCCGAAAUAUGGGACUUGUUACGUUUAUAUUUUGAUUGAUAUUAUUUUCUGUUAACAAAACCUAAGAAAGAACAAAGUAAAACAGUUAAAAUAUUUAAAAUCAUUUUCCUUCUCGGAACCACAACAAAAUUUAAUAAACUUACAACUUUGUAGUCCUUUUGGCUGUAUUUUCUAUAACAUGCAACGAUAUUUUGUGUAUGAUCAUCAUGACGAUUUUCUUUAUCUGAAACAAAAUUUGUAUAUAAGAUUAGAUAGUUAAAUUUUUUCUAUAAAUAUUAUUGUAAUAAUAUAAUUAUAUAUAUUUAAGAGCAUAUCUUUGAGUGUAGCAACGUGUUUAUAAAUAAAAAAAUUAAAAAAAUGUAUAACGUUUCUGUAACGUAUAGAUCCCUAAACCCUCGGGAGAAAACAGAAUAAUGUUAGAAUUGCUAAGAUAAUUAGUCGCAGGUCCUCUUGUUAGAAUGCAAAGGUGAACCCAAGUUUUCUUAUUAGUGAAAGUGUGGUAUAGGCUAUAGCUAGGGUUGCCAUUCGUGCUUUAUAAUAAAGUAUUGUACGUUAUUUCAAGUUAUUGUACUCUAUAGUCUAUACUAUAUGAGAACAAUAAAGUACACGAAAAUACUUUAUUUCGCAUGUGAUUUCUUUAUUCUUUAUUGCAAAAAAAGGUGGUAACCCCAGUUAUAGCGCGUAGUGCUGUUAAAGUGAGUCCAUGUAGGAAAAGUGUAUUAGCAUGUACAGUACAUUGUACACGAUAUGCUGUACUCAAUUCAACCAGACAAGAUCAGACUUUUUUACCGUAAAAUCGAUAUAAAAAAAAUGAAUCGCAAAAUAUGUUGCUAAGCACAAAAGUCAAAGACGGCUAGAGUAUUUUCUUUUUUAUUUAUUCUUAAAUUUAUUUUUUAUCAACUUUGAGGAAGGUUUUUAUGUAGAGAAAAAUUGGAUUUUAUUCCGGAAAAGCGAACAGUGUGUAUGGGAUAUCAAAGUGUUCCUUAUGUUGUUAUUUAGCUUAUAAAAAGGUAGCCAUAGUAAUAAAAUCAUAUUAAGGCGAAACAAAGUUCGCGGGGGUAAUUAAUAAAAUCACUUACCAACAAUGGCACAGUUUUCCGUUAAGACAUUAGAAAUAAAUAUGGCUGCUUGUAAUGCUCUCUUCAUAUGUAUCUUGUUAACAGAUGUUGUUCCCUUUUGAAUACGAUUCAAAACACAUUCCGGGACGACCAAACGACACCUAUUGUCUGUAAUUAUAUAUAAUGAUAUGAAUCUAUAAAGCUAUUUAAUUUGGUCCCUUUUAGGCAUGGAAGAUAUCGCGGCAAGUGGCAUAAUCAAAAGGGCAGCUGAUGUUACACAUACAUGAGGAUAUUCUGAGGAGAUUUCAAGACGUACUAAAUCUUUUCACGAUUAAUACAAAUAACUUUUCUCGUAACGCCCCCAUAAAUAGAAUUUGUGCCCAGUACAAAGAUUUAUGUUUGUUAAUUACUAAAGGAAUCUACUUGGUUUUACAAUAAAUUAUUGAUUGAAAAACUC